AUGCGUGACUCGUCCUUUCGGCACCACAUUGACGGGGUGUUGCAGAAGAUCGAGGAUCUGUACACAGCCGACCCCAAAUUCAAAGGAGCGUCAGACCAGUGCAUAGAGAUGUUUGACAUGUACCGUAACGACCGCUCAGAGGAGUCUGUGCUGCUGUGGUUGGGGCACUACAAGAGUCUACUGGAACCGUCUCGCGACGGGUCUGUGGCGCGCACAUGUCGGAUGAUGGACAACUACUUCGUCGACGAGAACAGACCAGCCGUCCGUAUGAAGGCGUUGUCCAUACUCCAGGAGCUUAUUGUUGCUGUGCGGCCGAUGUCGAGUGAGCUGUUUCUGCGCGAUAUCAUUCUGGUGUACCUCAAG